AUGGUCCAACCCAUCUUCGGUCUCCUUGACGCCAAUCAUCUCCCUUUUCUCCUCUGCGCCCUCGUCGGCCUCUAUCUCACGAUCAAACUCGUUCAGAUCGUCCAGACCACAAUCAGCGCUCGUCGUCGUUACAAAGAAAUCCCCCAGUUGCCCCGUCAUCCAGUAUGGGGCCAUUUGGUCAAUAUGGGCGAAAAGCUCAACCCGGCUCUCAAAAGGCAUCCCGACUAUGCCUUUGAAGAAAUCUGGGAAUCACUUGGCCGACCUCCAGCAUACCUGAUGGAUCUGCUUCCCGUCGACACGGUCUUUUUGAUUGUCGCAGAUCCGGAUAUCGCGGAGCAAAUCACCCAGCCUAAUUCAGUCUUCAAAUAUUCUCUCCCAAAGAGCGAUACCUUGAUGUCCAUGUAUCGCCUGAUUGGCUUGGAAUCCCUGAUCAUUGCCGAAGGAGAGGAGUGGAAGGUCUUGCGAAGGCGGUUCAACAAGGGUUUCUCCCCACAACAUCUGCAUACGUUGGAUGGAUUGAUUGUGUCCAAGACUCGCGAUUUCAUUGAUCGGUUGAAACAGGCCGCCGCAAGUGGCGAAGCGUUCAGUCUCAAGGACUACUCACAGGAUCUAACGACAGACAUCAUCACAACUGUCGCCAUCGAGAAAGAUUAUCAUGCUCAGACAACUCCAGACGGCGUGGGAUCAAAAGGCCCCUUUGGUCUUCUCACGGCAUCGAGGCUGCUUUCGAAGCUGGUGUACCCCAUUGGCAGGGGAUUCAACCCGCUGGUCUAUUUUGAUCCUAUCAGACCAACGAAAUCGUGGUUCUACGAGCAGGUGUUUAAUCGCAACUUGGCUAAAGUCAUCCGCGAGCAGCUCGCCGCGGAGCAGAAACAGGUGCAAGGGUCGGCCAAGUCUGGCGCAAACGACAACAGUCAGUCCAGAUUGCAAAGGUCCAUUACGCGCCUAGCCUUGUCAGGGCUGACCCCAGACGAGGCACUGAUCCGCAACACCGUAUCACAAAUCAAGAGCUUUCUGUUCGCCGGGCAGGACACGACUGCCACUCUUAUUCAAUGGCUCUGCUUCGAGCUCUCCAAAGCUUCGUGGUCACCGUCCGCGGCAGCCAUUCUCGAGAAACUGGUUGAAGAACAUGAUUCGGUCUUUGGCAAAGAGGGAGGCCCGUUCAACGCUCUGGACAUCCUUGGCCGCACAGAUGAAGAUUCUCGUAAAGAGACCGAAGCCAUUCUCGGCAGUCGCCUACCCUACACGACAGCCUUCAUUAAGGAGACGUUGCGCCUACAUCCCCCUGCAUCUACGGCGCGACGGAUCCCCGAAGUCUCGCCUGAAAAUCCAACACCGGUAAUGUUAAAACUGCGCACAACUAGUGGAGAGGAAAAAGAAGUUCAGGUCAAUGGCGUAAGAAUUUACGUCUGCGGAUACCUGGUUCACCUGAACAAAAAGGUCUGGGGGGAAGAUGCCGCGGUCUUUCGCCCUGACAGGUGGCUGGAUGAAAAAUACGUGGCGUCUUUACCAACCGGGGCGUGGCGGCCCUUUGAGCGUGGUCCGAGGAAUUGUAUCGGACAGGAGUUGGCAAUGGUGGAGGCUAAGGUGGUGCUUUGUGCCGUGGCAAGAGGUUUCCAGUGGGAGAAAGUAGGUUAUUCAGGGAAAACGCAGAAGGCAGAUAUGGAGAGACCGCGAGGGGAUGGCAAGGAUGAUGGUGAACGGGAGGUAUGGAGCGUUAAUCAGGUCACGUCUGUGCCGGUGGAUGGGAUGACGAUGAAGGUUCAGUUGCGGACGUGA